CGCAUGUCAUCCCCUUCCCACCUCUCGCUAAUCCUCGACCUCACCCCCGUCCCCUGGGAUGCCCUCUCCCACUCCACCCCUCCCCUAAGACUGAAGGACUUCCUAGCUCAAGCACUCGUGUUCAUAAAUGCCCACCUAGCGCUGAGGAACGAGAACAGCGUGAGCGUGUUCGGUGCUCUUCCGGGUCGAAGUAUGAUACUCUACCCGCCAGCGGGGAGUACGCAGGUAGAAGCAGACGAGAAUACGUUCCAUGUUUUUGGUCAGGUGGAUGAGGGGUUUAUGAGGAGUGUCGAGCAGGAGGUGGAGGACCUGCAGGAGGUCGAGGAGGAUGUCCCACCAGCACUCGUCGGGGCGCUCACAAAGUCUCUCUGCUACAUCAACCGCCUCUCCAACCCCCCACCCCCCUCAAAUCCCUCCGAAGCCCCUCCUCCUCCGCCCCACUCCCGCAUUCUCCUCUUCUCCGUCUCUCCCGACGCCAGCGUCGCUUAUAUCCCCUUUAUGAACUGUAUAUUCUCUGCUCAAAAGCUUAAAGUAGCAAUCGAUGUGUGCAAAUUGGACGAGUCGGAGGUGAUAUUCUUGCACCAGGCGUGUCACCUCACAGGAGGCGCGUUCGUACCCAUAACACAGCGUGAAGCGCUUCUGCAGUACCUCUCAAUGUGUUUCCUAAGCGAGACGGAAACGCGGAAGACGCUCGCCGUGCCCACUCUUGAUAAAGUCGAUUUCCGCGCUGCGUGUUUCUGCCAUAAGGAGAUUGUUGACAUCGGGUAUGUGUGCUCGGUCUGCCUGUCUAUAUUCUGUCAGCCGGUGUUGGAGUGCUCGACAUGCCGUACCAAGUUCUCGCCAGAUACGCUCCUCCGAUUUGGCAAUAUGAACCUCAACGGGCAUGCGCAUACGCAUUCGAAUGGGACGGUCACUGCAUAGUCCGGCUUGUCACUCUGCAAGUUUUUUGCAAUUGUAUACUACAGUGCUUUGCUUUGCUUUCGUGCCCGAAGACGCACGAUCAGCUUCGGGCAGCAGGCAUUAGUGUAUUAUUACGUACUGAGUCACAAUGCAAUAUAUAAA